CCACGUGUGCGCCAUGCCAAACGCCGGGCCCUGCCGGGCCGCCCCUGCCCCCGCUCCUGGCCUUUCCCUUCGCCGCCCCGCCCCUCCCUCUUCGCCCCGCCCCCUCCCAGGGAGCCGAACGGGGCCGGACGGCGGCGUCGGGCGGAGACGGACGCGCACCGGCCAGCGGAGCGGACGCGCGGGGCUCUGGGCCGCGCAGGACGUAACCCGGCGCGGAGGCCGGGUCCAGCGCACACAGCGGGGCCGGGCCGGGCCGGGCCGGGCCGAGGCGGGCCGAAUAGGGCCGGGCCGGGCCGAGCGGGGCCGAGCGGGGCGGAGCGCCGGGGCCGGGCUGUGGCCGCGGCCGCCGCCAUGAAGCGGGACCGGCUCGGUCGCUUCCUGUCGCCUGGGGCGGCGGCGCAGCGCGGGGGCUCCGGCGGCGGCGGCGGCCGGCCCCGAGGCCGCCCGGCCCGCAGCGGGCCGAGCGUGGACGAGGCCGCGGCCUUGGUGGCGGCGCGGCUGGGCUGGGGCCUGGCGCGGGCCCGCGGGGACCCGGGCGAGGACGGCGCCGACGAGGCAGGAACAGGCCGGGCUCUUGCCAUGGGGCACUGUCGCCUCUGCCAUGGGAAGUUCUCCUCACGGAGUCUCCGCAGCAUUUCUGGCAGGGCACCUGGGGAGAGCUCAGACAGACCACCCCCAGGGGAGCGAGUUUUCAUCAGGGACUUCCAGCACUUGCUGGGGGUGGCCGUCCACCAGGACCCAGCUCUGUCUCAGUUUGUCUGCAAGAACUGCCACACCCAGUUCUACCAGUGCCAUGGCCUCCUCAAGUCCUUCCUGCAGAGAGUCAACGUCUCCCCGACCGGCCACCGGAAGACUUGCACAAAGGUUGGUGCCCAGCCCCCACCAGGGGCAGAGGAGGGAGCGUGUCUGGUGGACCUGAUCACUUCGAGCCCCCAGGGCCUACGUGACUUGGUGGCAUGGGUGCAUGGACACGCAGCCAGCUGUGGGGCCCUGCCUAACCUCCAGAGGACACUGUCCUCCGAGUACUGCGGUGUUAUCCAAGCCGUGUGGGGCUGUGACCAGGGCCACGACUAUACCAUGGACGCCGACUCCAGCUGCGGGGCCCUCUUGCUGGACAGUGCAUUGGCAGUCAAGUGGACAUGGGACAAGGAGAUGGCCCCGUGGCUCACCCAGCAUCGGGGAUCCAACCCCACUGGGGCUGCCCCUCAGAGCUCCCAGGGCAAAGCGACCACAGUUCCAGCUGAGACCGAGACACUGCCCAGCACGGACAUGGCCCAGCCUCCUUCAGAUGUCAUCCCUGUAGGGCCUGGGCUGAGCCCCCCACCUCAGCCAAGCUUCCCCUCAAGUGGGGCCCCAGGGCGGUUGGGUGAGAAGCAGGUUCCAUCUUCAACCUCGGAUGAUCGGGUAAAAGACGAGUUCAGUGACCUUUCUGAGGGGGACAUCCUGAGUGAAGACGAAAAUGACAAGAAGCAGAAUACCCAGUCCUCGGACGAAUCCUUUGAGCCUUACCCAGAAAAGAAGGUCUCUGGUAAAAAGAGUGAAAGCAAAGAAGCCAAGAAGUCUGAAGAACCAAAAAUCCGAAAGAAGCCUGGACCGAAGCCGGGCUGGAAGAACAAGCUCCGCUGUGAGAGGGAGGAGCUACCCACCAUCUACAAGUGCCCUUACCAGGGCUGCACAGCUGUGUACCGAGGGGCCGACGGCAUGAAGAAGCACAUAAAGGAGCACCACGAGGAGGUCCGGGAGAGGCCCUGCCCCCACCCUGGCUGCAACAAGGUGUUCAUGAUCGAUCGCUAUCUGCAGCGUCACGUGAAGCUCAUCCACACAGAGGUGCGGAACUAUAUCUGUGAUGAGUGUGGACAGACCUUCAAGCAACGGAAGCACCUUCUUGUCCACCAGAUGCGCCACUCAGGAGCCAAGCCUCUGCAGUGUGAAGUCUGUGGCUUCCAGUGCCGGCAGCGAGCAUCCCUCAAGUACCACAUGACUAAACACAAGGCUGAGACUGAGCUGGACUUUGCCUGUGACCAGUGUGGCCGGCGGUUCGAGAAGGCCCACAACCUCAACGUGCACAUGUCCAUGGUCCACCCUCUGACGCAGACCCAGGACAAGGCCCUGCCCCUGGAGCCACCGCCCGGGACUGUGGAGGGCCAGGCCGUGAAGCCCGAGCCUACCUGAACUCCGGGGGUAAAUGGGGUUAAGACCGUUUCAGUAGUUCCUCAUACGCAACCUGACAGCACAGCUUUGCUCGCUCGCUCCCCUGGAGCCCCCAUGCUGUACCCCCCCACCUGUGUGUCAGGAGGGCACUGAUCUGCAGCAUGGUGACCGUGGGCUCAGUGUGCAACUCACGUAGCCUUUCCAGCCUCCACUCUGGGACCAGCAUUUUCCUACAAAUACUGAAUGACUCGGGGCCGGACGGAUUUUAAAUAAUUGAUUCCUAUUCCCCACUAAAGCAAUCAAGGAGAUUUGUAACCCACUUUUUAGUGCAAGAGCUCCAUGUUAUGCUUGUAAUAAAUUAUUUACCAAGGAGCUGCGCAGGGU